AAGUGGCUAUCCCCUUUAUCUUUUGCGGGUGAUCUCAAUUCUGUGCUCCGCAGUCCGAAGAUGAAGAAGUUCAACAUCAGGAAGGUGCUGGACGGCUUAAAGGAGGUGUCCUCCUCCACCCCGUCCGUCCAAGUGGGGCCACAGGAGAACCAUCUGAUCCAGGAGACCCUCCAGUCCGACCAUUUCCAGCUCUGCAAGACUGUCCGUCAUGGCUUUCCCUACCAGCCGUCGUCCAUGGCUUUCGACCCUGUGCAGAAGAUACUGGCCAUCGGCACCCAGAGUGGAGCUCUCAGAUUGUUUGGUCGUCCAGGCGUGGAGUGUUACUGUCAGCAUGAAAGUGGAGCGGCCGUCAUCCAGCUACAGUUUCUCAUCAAUGAGGGAGCGCUGGUGAGUGCUCUGGCCGACGACAGUGUUCACCUGUGGAACCUGAGGCAGAAGAGACCAGCCAUCCUCCACUCCCUCAAGUUCAGCAAAGAGAGAAUAACUUUCUGCCACCUGCCCUUCCAGAGUAAAUGGUUGUACAUCGGCACCGAACGAGGGAACAUCCAUAUCGUCAACGUGGAGUCCUUUAUGCUCUCAGGCUACGUCAUCAUGUGGAACAAAGCCAUUGAACUGUCCUCCAAGGCUCACCCUGGACCAGUUGUGCACAUAAGUGACAACCCCAUGGAUGAGGGAAAGCUUAUAAUUGGAUUUGAGGCUGGGAUCGUGGUCCUAUGGGAUCUGAAAUCAAAGAAGGCCGACUGUCGCUACACUUACGAUGAGGCGAUCCACUCAGUUGCCUGGCAUCACGAGGGCAAGCAGUUCAUUUGCAGUCACUCAGAUGGAACUCUGACCAUAUGGAACAUCAGAGGCCAGGGCAAGCCCAUACAGACAAUCACCCCACACGGAAAACAGCCCAAGGACGGGAAGAAGCCAGAGCCUUGUAAACCCAUUCUCAAAGUAGAGUACAAAACCACUAGAAUUGGGGAGCCCUUCAUGAUCCUGUCUGGUGGUCUGUCCUACGACACGGUGGGGCGGCGACCAUGUUUGACGGUGAUGCAUGGGAAGAGUACUGCUGUGCUGGAGAUGGACUAUCCAAUAGUAGACUUCCUCACACUCUGUGAGACACCAUAUCCUAACGAUUUUCAGGAACCUUACGCUGUGGUGGUCCUUCUAGAAAAGGAUUUAGUGGUGAUCGACCUUGCACAAAAUGGUUACCCCAUAUUCGAGAACCCCUAUCCUCUGACUAUCCACGAGUCUCCUGUGACCUGCUGCGAGUACUUUGCCGACUGCCCUGUGGACCUCAUACCUGCACUUUAUUCUGUUGGCUCGCGGCAGAAACGACAGGGUUAUAGCAAGAAGGAAUGGCCUAUUAGUGGUGGAAACUGGGGUCAAGGCACACAGAGCUACCCAGAGAUCAUCAUCACUGGGCAUGCUGAUGGAACUGUGAAGUUCUGGGAUGCCUCUGCAAUAAUGCUCCAGGUGCUCUAUAAGCUCAAAACAGCCAAGGUGUUUGACAGAAACCGUUCCAAGGAGGACAAGGGCAGCACCGAGGUGUCAGAUGAAGACCCCUUUGCCAUUCAGAUCAUGACCUGGUGCCCUGAAAGCAGAAUGCUGUGUGUGGCCGGGGUGUCAGCCAACGUUAUCAUCUACCGCUUCAGCAAACUGGAAGUAACUACUGAGGUGGUGCAGUUACUAGAGGUGCGAAUGCAGUACGAGCUGAACGACAUAGAGUCUCCAGACUGUGGGGGAGGAGGGGGAGAACAGACACCGGCGCUUCCCACCCCCGGUGCCUCCCCUCAGACAAGCGGCCCACCUUCACAGCCCUCCACCAGCAGCAACAACUCUGACGGAGGCAACAUGCCCUGCCUCAAAGUGCGCAGUAACCCUCUGAAGCAGUCUGCAGGUUACCAGGUAGACUUGGUGGUCCAGUUAGUGUGGGUGAGCGGAGAACCUCCGCAGCAGAUCACAAGUCUGGCGCUCAAUUCCUCCUACGGCCUUGUGGUGUUUGGCAACAGUAAUGGUCUGGCGGUGGUGGACUACGUCCAGAAGACGGUCGUGCUCAACUUGGGGACGGUCGAGCUUUACGGCUCCAAUGACCCCUACCAGAGACAGCCCCGCUCGCCAAGAAAGACACGACAGCCCUCUGGAGGUCUGUGCGACAUUAACGAGGGCUCCGCCACAUCAGAGGACCGCUGCAAGUCCCCUACUUCAGUGUUGAUGUCAAACAGCAAUCUACAGCAGUUCUACAAUGGAGGUGGUAGAGGAGCAAAGAUGUCACGGAAAUUAAGCUUGCCUACUGAGCUAAAGCCAGACUUGGUCCUCCUGUCUGUAUGCCCGCCGCGGGGUGCCAACCCAUUAGACCACCGGGACAAUUCUUUCAGCCGCUCACGCUCCUCCAGCGUCACCAGUAUCGACAAGGAAGCACGAGAGGCCAUCAGCUCCUUCCACUUCAGUGACACCUUUGCCCGGAAGGGGGACAGCACUCUGACACCCUGCCUGUAUGUGGGCACCACUCUGGGCACGGUGCUUGCUAUGGCUCUCACAUUGCCGCCUGCUGGGGAGCAACGGCAACUGCAGCCAGUUAUCAUUUCUCCAACAGGCAUGCUGGUGCGGCUGAAGGGCAGCGUCAUGCGGAUGGCUUUCCUGGACUCUACAGGUUCCAUGCUGCCCCCCGCCUUUGAGCCUUGGUUUGAGCCCAACGUCACAGCAGAUGGUGAAGAAAGAGAGAAGGUCCGUAAGCGCCGGCCCGUCUCAGUGUCCCCUUCCACCUCCCAGGACCUCAACGAGAGCCAGUACGCCGUGGUGUGUUCGGAGAAACAGGCCAAAGUGGUUUCCCUCCCCUCCCAGACCUGCAUCUAUAAACACAGUAUCACAGAGACCUCCUUCAUCCUGCGGGCAGAUGUGGUGCAGAUGAGCCAAGGCGUGUGUCUGGCUUGUUUCUGCGCCAACGGCCACAUCAUGACCCUCAGUGUGCCGGGACUGAGACCGCUACUGGAUGUAAACUACCUGCCUCUGACAGACAUGCGGAUAGCAAGGACGUUCUGCUUCACCAACCUGGGUCAGGCCAUGUACCUCUGCUCCCCCACUGAGGUCCAGAGGAUCACUUACAGCCAGGACACCUGUGAAAACCUACAGGAGAUGCUGGGUGAACUUUUUACACCAGUGGAGACACCAGAGGCACCCAACAGGGGUUUCUUCAAAGGCCUCUUUGGGGGAGGAGCACAGUCACUGGACAGAGAGGAGCUAUUUGGCGAGAUAUCCUCUGGAAAGGCAUCCCGAAGUCUGGCCCAGCACAUCCCAGGCCCAGGUGGCCUUGAGGGCAUGAAGGGAGCAGCGUCUGGUGUCGUUGGAGAUCUGGCUCGCGCCCGAAUAGCCCUGGAUGAGAGAGGCCAGAAACUGGGCGAGCUGGAUGAGAGGACAGCUGCCAUGAUGGCUAGCGCAGACUCCUUCUCCAAACAUGCCCAUGAGAUGAUGCUGAAGUGCAAAGACAAAAAAUGGUACCAGUUCUGAUCAGUGACGGGGGAGGAGCGGAGCUCCAUGGACACAGCUGUCAUCUUCCAUUGGCUCAUUUGGACUCACCCUGACCCCCACCCAUCCGUCUGUCCAUUCACCCAUCCCUCCAAGCCUUC